AUGCUAUCGUUUCAGGCUAGUACCUAUGGAGAAUUAAUAGUAAAUCAAUGUAUUACAUCGAAUCUAAUAUUAGAAUAUGAACAAUUGUAUAUUAGAAAACUUGUUUUAGAUGAUGCGUUACAAAAUUCAAAUUUAUUGAAUACAGCAACUGUUAAACUAAAUAAACACUCACCACUUUUAUUUUAUUUAAGUCUUAGAAGUCUAUGUGCAAUAUUAUCAUUUGCUUUCCCAAUCUACGUGCUGGUAAGGGUAUCAGCAGCUGGAGUAUUAAUAUCUGGAACGAUAUCAGCUUUAGAAGUAUUAUCAGCAGUACAUAAGCUGGCGCAUCCUAGUCCACAAGUACUAAAUGGUAAUAUUUUUAUUAUUAUGGCAGAUGAGCAUGGCACAUCCUACAGUUGCCUAAAUCAGCCUAAACCAUCUCAAGACAGGCGCGGACCUCUUUGGUUUCUUAGGCCGUCCGUAUCUUGUCCAGCUUUUGGAACAAAUAUGAACAGAACGCAUGAAAAUAAAAGAGAACGAGAACGAGAAUGGUUGCUACUGGGCGAGCCGUCUUCCCCGCUAAGUCCGACUUGCCCGGAAAGUCCGAACCGAGACGCGCGUAGCCCCUUCUCGAGUCCGGAGCUUUUAGAAUCGGCCUUGGUAUCGGGGGCUGAUCGGCACAGCGACUCCACAGAUAUAGAUGCAGCCGUUGACGAAUAUAAACAGGAUGUUUCAAUUUUGCAACCGAUUGUCGAAACCAAAGCUCCUACAACAGCCACAUGGAGAAGAUCAGUAGUACUUAUAACAUGUGUAAGUUGUGUUAGUGCCAUUUUUGCAACUGCAGUAAUUCUGGAGAUGACAGAAGCUGCAAUCUCAUUUUCUAUAGUAUUGAUAUUUAUAACUGGUCUAUUUUGGUGGAUUCCACGUCGUCCUUCUGAAGGUUUUGUAACAUGUGCCGCAAUUACAGUAAUAAUAAUAUCGAUUUUGUUAAUUGCUGAAAUUAUGCCAGAUACUUGGCCUGCUAUAACUAUUUGGAUUACUGCAGAGGCCAAAGAAAUUUCUCUUGUGAUUUAUGGUAUUAUGGUGCACGUCAUUCGUGGUUAUAAAAAUCGUUAUGAUAACGGAUUCAGUUUACUUGCAUUUCGAAUUCGUGUACUGGCUCUGAAAGUCUGA